CAAGCAAAGUAUCGGAUCCGGACUAAUCAAGCCACCCAAAUCUGCAGAUUAAUUCCCCACCCCCCAGCCCCGCCGGCCGCGUCAUGCUCCGGCCGUUCCCCUGCCCCCACCGCACGCCCGCCGCCGCCGCCGCCAGCCCGCCCCCCGCCGCCGCGGCCGCAGCCAUGGCGCCGUCCUCCUCCCGCUCCCACUCCCACUCCGGCGGCGGGGGCGGCGGCCACGUCUCCCUCUCCCUCUCGCCUUCCUCCUGCAGGCACACCCCCUCCUCGGCCACGCUCGAUCUCCUCAUCCUCCUGCUCGUGCUCUUCUCCCUCGCCUUCCUCCUCGCCUCCUCGCUCGCCCACGUCUCGCGCUCGCUCUCCCCGCUCCUCGCGUCGCCGCCCGCCGCCGCGGCGCUCGCCUCCGCCGCCGCCGCCCUGCCCUACUUCGCUGCCGGCCUCCCCUACGUCGCCGCAGCCGCGGUGCUCGCCACGGCCGCCUUCCUGUCCUGCCGACGCCUCCCUCGCCGCCGCUGCCGCAACCCGCGCUGCCGCGGGCUCCGGAAGGCGCUCGAGUUCGAUGUCCAGCUCCAGAGCGAGGAGGCCGUGCGGGCUGGCGGGGGGAGCACCGUUGGCGGCGCUGACGCCGCCAUGUGGCGCGAGAUCGAGACCUUGCCGUGGAAAGGGGGCCAGAGCGGGAACAAUCCGGACUACGAGUGCCUUCGCGCAGAGCUCCGCCGGAUGGCGCCGCCCAACGGCCGCGCUGUCCUGCUCUUCCGCAACCGCUGUGGCUGCCCGGUGGCCAAGCUCGAGGGCUGGGGCACCCCCAAAAGCAAGCGGCGGAAUAAGAAGGGCACGCAAGGUUCUUCACUGGACGGAGGGGUGCGAUAAACAAAAAUCUGUUAAACAGUGCUGCCUAGGCUGCCAUGGAAUAUUUGUUGAAUAAUACUUCCAAUGAAAGAUACAUCAAUUACAAGUGGUUGCACCAUAAUUGUAUUGCUAGACGGGGUUCGCUGAAUCUCAACAGAAAUACCGAUAUGAGACAAACAUUGCAAUAAUAAUAGACUGUCAAAGAAAGAAAAUAAAACGUUGGAGAUGUACCAGUA